AUGGGGUCUAAGGUGGACGCAAAAGUGGUCCUUCUUGGAAAAGAAUACAGUGGAAAAACAAGCUUAGUAGAAAGAUAUUUACACCAUAGAUUCAACGAAAAUGUUCCCUACCAGAACGUAAGUUGUGAAAUCUUUAAGAUUGUUCCACGAGUAACAUGUCCAGGGUUAAACGUUCCUGCUGGCCGGUAAAGUAGUGUAAGCUUAGAAGCUUAGACUAUGCAAUUUACAUAAGUCUUAAGCUUGAGUUGAACUUAACAUUACACGGAAAUUUUACUCAGGCUAAAAGGUUUGGCAGUUCAUCGUUUCUGUUUAUUGUUUCCGUUGGUCAAUUACCUUUCGCUCUCUAAAUCUAAGCAGUGAUAGCUACAACAGUUGAAACAAUAAUAAGAUAUGCCAAAAAUGUAUAGCAGCCGAACCCUCCUUCUCAUGCCCCCACCCCCUGCACCCAUCCCAGCUGUUGAAAGCUAAGCCACUACAGCUGUGGCUUCAAACUUUUUCGAUAUAGGUAGACUAGAGUAUUUUUUUGGCAUAAGACUCUUCAUUUUAUAUUAUACAGUCAAAACCUUGAUUAAAUGGCCUCCUAUAUGAAGCAGCCAUCCUCUUACCAGAGGUCUGGCAGAUAAAAUUGCCUGUUAAUCAGAGCAAACAGAAGCUAUUUAAGCAGCCAAUUAAUAAGACGGCCUUAUAAAAUAGGUUAUCUUAACAUAGCCAGAGAAAACUGCUGACAUUGUGUGACUCCACUACUUGUUUCCCUGAGAAAUGAUGUCUGUGGAACGGCUGCAGAAAUACCGUACUGAUGACGCGUCACUACACAGAUCUGAUUGGUUGGGGCAAAUUUCCCUUGGAAGCCAUUUUGCAGAGAGUUCUUGGAAGCAUUAUUUAUUUAUUUAUUUUUUGUGGCCUGUCUGUAAAGUAGCUAAUUACCUUAGCUGAGAACAUUGACCAUGUUUUAUGGUACCUUACCUAAGAUGUGUCACCACACAGAUCUGAUUGGUUAGGGCAAAUUUCCCUUAGAAGUCAUUUUGCAGGGAAACCUGUGGUGGCAUUGUGAUAUGUGGACUGUUUUCUUAGGCUAAUUUUGAUGCUGCUAAAAUAAUUAUAAUUUUUCCUGAUCUUGCCUUUUUAUUCCUGAAUGCUGUACCAGUAUCUUGAUCUCAGACUAAAACAUGUGGACACUUUUUAUUUUGUAACCUGAUUUUAUCCUUCUCUAUUGUCCACCCUUACAAGGUUAGAAGUUGUGAUAUUAGCAUCAUCACCCAGACAGCAAAGUGCUAAGAAGAACUGAGAUUUUUUCAAGUUGCCGGUUCCACUGACCUUAGUUAGUAGAGGAAACUGGUUAGGAAACCCGGCUAACAUCAAAGUUGAAAACAAUGGUGCCGCAGGUUAUGUUGGAAGUUCCCUGACUGUGCACAAUCCUUUGUUUUCUAAUCACAAAUUAUGACUGAAUAAAUUAAUGCAAUGUUUCUAUUGGUCAAUAACUUCAAAAUUAUAGGAAUGCUAUUGAAUGUUGUGCAUAGUCAGGUCCAAAAAAGUUAAUAAACAACCAAAGUGUAGAUAUCACAUACAGUAAUUGUAAAAACUACUUUAAAUUUUCCUUCAGUUUAUAAAACACUUUUAAAAUUCAGCUAUAAAAUCACUUAAGUCCUCUUUAUGUGUACUUUGGUCUAAAAACAGCACAAGAACAGGCCAGAGUACUAGGGCAAUAAAAUUGACAUGUCAUAGACAUUUUAAUUUUCUAAAUUUCGAACAAGUGGCAAUAUUAACGGAAGGAAAUUAUAGCAGAUAGACCUAUUCAGCUAACUCAAUGUUGUACCCAAUUCAAAGCCUUUGGGAAUAAAACGUUUUGUUUCUGGAAUUGCCAUAUCCUUUAAAUAUGAAUGCAACAUUAUAAUGCAAAUACAGUACGCAAAGAAUCUUAACCCCGGGAGAUUUGAAUUGGUUACAACAUUCAGUUAGCCGAAUAGGUCUAUUUUUUGGGGGAUUUUAAAGUGUGCCCGUUGGCCCCAUUAAUGGGUGACCGCAUUAAUGGUUUUUUUAUAAGGCAAUGUAUGGCCGUUUUGCUGGGCAAAAAAAAUGGUCGUAAUAACAAGAUGACCUUAUUACCGAGGUGGCUGUAAGGUGGGGUUCCUUUGUAAUUAAGUUGCCUUGUAUUUAAUUGAAUAACAUUUCAUUUCUUUCAGACAAUCGGAGCAGCCUUUGGUGCUAAAAAGGUCACAGUGGGUAACAAAUGUGUAACUCUUGGGAUCUGGGUAAAUUUAUUUAUUUAAUUUUAUUUCAUUACUUGAAAAAGUGUGUAAACAAAGCCUUGAUUGAUUUCUGAGCAAGUGCUGCCAAAUGCAUGGAAUACACUGUGUAGAAGAAAAAUUUAACAUUGUGUCAAGAGGGUCUUAUUCCACAUUAUCUUCCCAUUAAAUGCAAUGAUAUUAUUUAUUAUCAAUCAAAAUGGUCUCAUAACCAAAUUUAAAGGCUGAUGCAGGACAAGAAUAGUAAAGAAAAUUGACAGAGCUAUAUACCUGUAUGGAAGUGGAUGUUUCUGCAGACAAAUUAUUUCUCCUACAUGAAGAGCAUUUCAACCCUAAAAAGAUCAUCUUGCCAAAAUCAAGCAACUUUCUUGAAGGCACCCUUGAGAAUGAGUAAUGUAACAUCAAGGUGACAUUUUGAAUAGAUUCUGUUGACUGGCAUAUGGCCCACUUUUACAGUUCUUGUUUACACAACUUUACAAACAAGGUAUUCUCUGUCACUGUUUGAUUAACUAUAGCGUAGCAUUAAUCAGUAAGGAGAGAGUAACACUGGUGGAUCCAGGGGAGGACCCCCCUUAUUUUUAGACCAAACUGAAAAAAUUUUUUGGGGGCGACUGGGUCCCCCCCUUAUCUAAGUUUCUGGAUGACCGGGCCCUCCGCUUAUCUCAAGGUCUGAAUCCAGCACUGAACAAAAAAAUAAUUAUUAUAUUUUAGUAAAAUCCAACUAGUGGUCUAUUAUCAAUGCUGCAUUCUGAUUGGUUGAGCUAUUAAUAGGCUAUAUGUUGUAGCCCACUAAUAGCAAAAAGAGCUGGCUUUGAAAACCAAAACAAUGGCGGCUGAAUCGCGUUUGCUAACUAAAGUUGUUUUGUCUUGAUAUUUUUGACCAACUAGUUGGAUUUUACUAAAUCAAUAAUUAUUCCUCUCGCCCUCAUGGCCUCUGAUUCAAUAGUCCAUUUGGCCUUCGGCCUCAUGGGCUAUUGAGUGAGAGCCCAUUCAGGCUUGAGGAAUAAUUGUUAAAUAGCCUUAUGGACCCCAGUCUUGAAAUUGCACCUACUACUGGCUUGCAUGCAGCUAUUUUCCCCAAUUAGUGACCAAAAUUGGCAUUAAGAAUAUUCAUCAUCACAUCGUUGUCUUUUUUUUUUUACAUCAGGAUACAGCUGGUUCUGAGAGGUAUGAAGCCAUGAGUCGGAUCUAUUAUCGAGGAGCUAAAGCAGCUGUCUUGUGUUAUGGUAAGAAGUACAGGCCUGACUGUACAAUGAUUUAAUUAAUAUACAUGUAGGUUGUUUUUCUGCAACUAAAGAUCCCCUUUCGUUAACUCGUUCGCCGCUGGAUCCGCACGGGCCAUUACGUGCCGCUCUGGGGCGAAUGGGUUAAUUAUUGUUAUUUGAGUAAUGAGUAGAAAAACCUACCCAUUAAAUUUAAUUUAUUGGUAUAGUGAAGUAGUUAAUUACUUAGUAUUUGAUACUAAUUUGAAAGGAAUGAUAAUGAUUAAUUUUUUUAUCACUGAACCCCUCUACCAUUAUUCUAUACUAUUUUGAAGAUAGUUAAAGCAAGGUACCAGACGGCCUGAGGAAACAGCACCGAAAUUGCAUACCGAUGACUCAUCACUACCCAGAUCUUGGUAGUGCUUCUGAUUGGUUGGAAAUUUGCUUCAUCUAAUCAGAAGCACUACUAUGUUGCAUGUACAUGUAUGACCCAAAGUAUUCAAAAAAAUAAUUAAAAGCUGAAGGAAAUAAUAAUAAUAAUAAUUUAAUAUUUAUAUUGCACAAAAUACAUGUAAAUAUGAUCAAAUGUGCAUUACAUGAAAGUAAAUUAUCAACAUUAAUAAGUUAUCCAAAAUAACUAAAAAUAUUAUAUAAAAAAACAAUGGAUCUAUAAAAAUAUAAUAUAUACAUAAUCCUAAAAAAAAUCCUAAUAAAGAGCUAAUCUAAAAAAAUGGGUCUUAAGUAAACCUUUAAACCUAUUAAAAUUGGGCUCAUUUCGCAUUUGUGAUGGUAACCCAUUCCACAGUUUAGGUGCCGCAGCUAAAAAAGCACGGUCACCCUAUGUCUUUUUAGUUAAAGUUCUUGGCGUUUGAACCAUGAUUCCCAUUGCACAGGAUUUUAAACUGUAUCUCUCUUUCUCCCUUUUGCUAAUGAGUUCUUGUAGAUAUACCGGAGCUUGUCCAUGGAUUGCUUUAAAAGUAAUUAUAAUAAUCUUAAAAUGAAUCCUAAAUUCUACUGGAAGCCAAUGAAGCGUACACAGAAUUGGUGAGAUGUGAUAAAACCUUGGAAUCUUAAAAAUAAGUCUUGCUGCGGAAUUGUGGAGUCGUUGUAACUUUGAUAUUUGUUUAGCUGGUAACCCAUACAGAAUACUAUUACAAUAGUCAAUGCGCCCAAUUAUUAGGGCAUGAACAAGUGUCUGGGUUGCUUGGCUACUUAAAUACUUUCUUAUUCGUCUUACAUUUGUAAUGUAGUAAUAGGCUGCUUUACACGUGUUAUUGAUAUUAACUUGAAGACUCAUGUUACUAUCUAUCCAUGUCCCUAAGUUCUUGACCGACUGAACAGGCGACACUUGAGCAUCCCCUACUGCAAGCGAGUAAACAUGAACCUUGGAUAGUUGCUGAUGGGUGCCUAUUAUUACAAACUCUGUUUUGCCAUCAUUGAUCUUCAGUUUGUCACACAGCAUCCAGGCUCUUAUCUCAUUUACACGCCAUUCCAUAGCAGCAAUGGCAUCAUCGGUACUUGAGUCACAGCCAGGUUUAAAUGCUAAAUAUAACUGCGUAUCAUCUUCAUAAGCAUAAACACUAGGCAGGUGUCUCUUGACAACUUCAAACAGUUUACUGGCAUACAGAGUAAACAGUAACGGCCCUAAACAUGACCCUUGAGGAACUCCUUGAUUUAACUGUAGAGAUUCCGAACACUUGCCACUUAGUGUGACACGCUGAGAACGUCCCGAUAGGUAUGUCACAAACCACUCCAGUGUUGUACCUUGGAUCCCAAAAGUUGUGCUCAGACGAGAUAGUAACACAGAAUGUUCCACCGUAUCGAAGGCAGCACCCAGAUCCAACAACACAAGCAAGAAUAGUUUAUAUAGCAAUCCAGUUCUCUUGAUACUGCAAUAAUGGCCCUGCGAAAAAUAUAUUGCCCAAGAAAUCUCUUUUAAUAAUUAAAAAGUUAAAUGGUGAUUGAUCAGGGCUACUAAUGACAGAAAAAAACAAGAUAUUGGUGAUAACAUACUUUUAUGGAUUGCAGUAAAUGUUGUUAUUUCAUUUUUUUUUUUUUCAUUAUUUCCACAGAUCUCACAGACAGGUCCAGUUUUGAAAGAGCAAAAUUCUGGGUAAAUGAGCUCAAGACAUAUGAAGAUGUAUGUAUUAGAAAUAAUGGAAUGCCUCUCUCCUCCUGACUUAUGAUGAGGUUCAGGAGACUAAAGAAAUAAAUUGUGAAUGAGAAUCAAACCAGGUUGAAAUCACUUUAAGUUGAAUUAAAUUUUAAACAUGUCAGCUUAUUCUUUUUUGCCCUGACUUCAUAUUUGUGUUAUCUUGAAUUAAGAGUUAACACAGACUGUUCUCGUUUUUUACUAUUGACCUUAAUCAUGCUUGAUAGUCUGUACUACACUGUAGAAUGUUGUGUAAGUGAUGAAAAGCCUAAACAGUGAGAGAUUUAGCUUGUAUUAACAUUAAUACACAAUUUUUUUCUUUUGCAGAAUUGUAAAAUAUAUCUUUGUGGUACCAAAUAUGACAUGGUUCAAAAUGACAAAAAAUUACGCCAAGUAGACUACCAUACAACAACAGAUUAUGCAGAUGGUAUGUGGUUUUCUCAAUGGAAAAGAUCAAUAAUAAUUUAUAGUUAAAAUCAUAAAGACUCCAGCCAUUACUUGAUAUACCAUAGUGCAUCCAAAAAAAGCAUUAUUUUGAAUUUCCUGCUCUUGAUUGGCAAAAUAACAGGCCCUUUUCGCACAGUCUUGAAAGUCCUUGAAUUUUGGGGGAAGUCCUGGAAAAGUCCUUGAAUUCCAUUUUUCCUUGACAAGUCCUUAAAUUUCUGUGCAAGUCCUUCAAAAGUCCUUGAAUUUUCUCCAACUUUGAAUGUAGUGGCCUGGAAAGUGUUUUUGAUGCUUUUUGGUUGUCCGAGACAGAAUAUAAAUCAUAGCACAGAGAAUCUGAAGGUUAUUUACAUAAAGUGCUCUAUGUUUUCUGCCAUAAUUAACUAUCAAUUUAAGACAAGUGAACUGAAAAAAUGUAGAAAAGUUUGUGAAGUAAACAGUUCAAGCCUUAAAGUCUUAUUAGAAUAGACUGGGAAUGUGCAUUUUUGUAGAAUCUUUGAAAUUAUAUUCCUAGUAGGUGGUCCUUGAAAAUCUAAUAUGGUCCUUGAAAAAUGCUUGCAUUUUUUUGUAUGAACCCUGAAUAAAUAUUGGGAAGCUGUAAUUCAAACUGCUCCUGAGAAAUUAUAGCUUGGCCAGUGUUAGGUGGUGCUUUUCUCGGCUGUUCUCCAGAGUACUAAACUCUGCCUGUACUGAUUUGCCCAGUAAAUAAUAAACAUUGUGUACACUGUGUGAAUCAUUUACAUGCAUAUCUUGCUUGGCAAAAAUGCACUUAGUGUAGAUAAAUAUUAAAACAAUAGUUAAUUAAUUCUUCAGAUUAUGCAUUUUAGAUGUCUGGACAACCUUGUUAUAUAUACCCUACCUGUAUAUUAAGUCCAGGACACUAAAGGAUAGAAGAAUGGCAGUGAGAUUAACUUUUGUUUGUUUUUUUUGCUCAGAGAUAAAUGCAAAAGUAUUUGAGACCUCAAGUAAAAAUGGGCACAAUGUUGGUGAGUUGGCUUUGUGUUUUAUGAAUUGCUAUACUGGAAAAAGGCCCAUUUAAAGUACAUUGUAUGGUGGCAAAGUUCAUUACCAACUCAAGAGGGGGGAUCUGGACUAUAUAUUGUCUAUGAGGGGUUAAGAACCCAAUGAUUAUGGCCAGGGGUGCUCUUAAGACUGUCAAACUAUUGCCCUCUUCAAAGGCCACAUUUUGUAUACAUUGCUACUUGAAAUAGGCUCAUUUAAGUUACACUGUAUGCUGGUAAAGUUCAUUACCAACUCAAGAAGGGGAAACUAAGACUGUCAAACUGUGGCGCUUUUGAAAGGACACAUUUUGUAUACCCUGAAGAAGGUUUGUACACUGAAGGAGGCAGCCUUGCUGAAAUGUUGGUUUAAGAUCUUAUAACAGCAUCGAUGGUGUUUUGUUGUUCCUGAAAAGUAUUUAUGGUUGGAAAUAACUUUUUGUUAGAAUUUUUUUGUCCCAACUUUUUUCUUAGUGCUACAAAGAAGUACAAGUGAAAAUAAUAAUGAUAAAAAUAUAUUAUAUAGGAAUGUAGGGAUUUAGCUGUUAUGAACCAAACUUUGAUGUCUUAGACAGUUGUCAGUAUGUUUCUGCAUCAAACCUCAAUUGUGUUUUUAAAGUUUGAGCAAUAAUAUUGAUGAACUUCAAUUGAAAUGUGAUCCCGAAUAUUGUGCUUGUUUGUCAAUAUUUCUUUAGAUGAAUUGUUUUUUGAACUGGCCCAAGAUUAUUCAAGAGAAGAAGAACCACCUGAGCCAGGUGAGUGAGUCUGGGGUGGAUUUAUUGUGGUGUCCAAUUUUUUGUUAUUUAGAAUUGUGUGGUGCCAGGAAAUAUAUCCAUGGGCAGGACUAUGUAGACCCCCCAAAAGUUUCCUACAGGUGGGGAUCUAUAGGCAAAGCCCUAUGAAGUGGGAUAUGGUCAUGUUUUAUGUGACCGCACAUUGUGACAUACAUGUUCGGUUGUUAUAAAAGGUCUUUAUGAGAAAAUGCAGACAAGAACCAUUGCACAGAAAAUUCUUGAUAGUUUCCACAAAGAACACAGAAAUCAUCCAUCUGCAAAAUACAGGAGCCACACAGUCAUUUAAAAUUUUACCUUUAAAAAUAAGUUUAAUUAAGUCUUGAAAAUUACAUUAUACUGUAAUAUUAAUCAAUUUAGCAGCUAACUACUAUCUCUUACUUUCAUAAACCUGUUGCUCUAGAUUAAUUUAUUUUGUUAAACCAUUUUCUAUUUUUUCUCUGUUCUAAAGGAGAGACUGAAAGAGACGCAUUGGAAUUAACCGAAUUUCCACAGCCACAUGGAAGAGCGGCCUGUUGUGGCAUUAAAUUAUGAUGUUGGGCAAUCUCAGCAGUUGUACAGAUGAGCAGGGACUUCCCAAGAAAUAGAAAACAGUUAUUUUUUAAUCUAUCAUAUUAUGAAGAAAUUUGAGAUCAAAUAUAGAGCUGGUUAGCAACAUGAAUAGUUCAGUUCCCUGGUAAAUAUGAUUAAUAUAGAGGGGUAGCUAUAUGUAUAAUGUGUCUGUCUUGUGCUCAACUGAACUGAAAUGAACAAUUACGUGUAUUUAUGUCUUCAGUGCGAAAAAUAUUCCAAGGCAACAGUUGAACUAAUUCCUCAUUUUUAUAUCCUUGUAAGUUCUCCUUAUCAAUUUGUAUGUUCUGUAUUAUGCUGAUCAAAAUGUCGGGCUGUGAUAGGUGUAGGAGGGCUGUAUUUUUUCUCCUCUUGGUUUUUUUAAAUUGUUGACACGACUGUGUUGAUAGUAUUACUGGAACGUUGUAAACAUUUUCACCCCGUAUGUUUUACGGGUGUCAGUAAACCGCGGGGUUGGGGUUUGGACCGGGGCCGGCGUC